GUGCAGAUACGGAAGCUGGCGUGAGAGAGAUUUCCGAGUGGAUCAUAGGGACGAAUCCAGGAACACAUGUCACCGGCAAUACUGAAGGAUCAAACAGGGAAGAAGUUCCAAUGUGUUAGAAUGGACCCAGUUGGGUUCACAAGCUGAUGUAACACAUCUUUUUUGUCUUAAAAAGGUCCCCUGAACCUGCACAAGGACCUGCAGCUCAGCUGCUAUGUCCCAACGUAUUAGCUUGUACCCAGUGACAUUACAUUGGUCCAUUGACUAGAUCAAGCCAUCAUCAGCAAUGACUUUGAAUCUGUGUGAAGAGGAUCAGCCAAUCUGACUGGGAGUUCAAUACUGGCAAUGAAACUGUUUAGUUGGAAGUUCGAUGAUUUUGACCCUGCAAUGAAGGAAGGCCAAGUCUGGAAGAUCCAGACUUCACAAUCACUGGUUUCUUAACCAAGUAUAGAAAUGCCCAGCUGCUCCAGCUGACAAAAUUUUAUGGGGACGGACUUAAACAGGCGACUGAAGAAGGGGUGGAUGGAGUCAGCUCAUUGUUAACAUGUGAGAGGAUUUUCAGUGGAAAAGAACAUUCGGUUCUGAUCCAGUUCAUGAUAUGGAUGCCGUCCAAAGUUUAUCUGAAAUACCCAGUCACCUGAAAGAAUCCAGGAACACUUGUCACCAACAUUGCUGAAGGAUCAAACAGGGAAGAAGGUCCAAAAUCUCCCAAAGUGUUCGAAUGGACCCAGAUCCAAACUCCACAGUCACUGGGUUCUUAACCAAGUAUAGGAAUGCCCAGCUGCUCCAGCUGAUGAAAUUUUAUGGGGACAGACUUGAACAGGCGAUUGAAGAAGGGGUGGAUGGAGUCAGCUCGUUUUUAACACGUGAGAAGAUUCUCAGUGGUAAAGAACAUUCGGAAAUCACUGAGCUCGUAGAGAAGGGAAACCGGGCAGACAGUUCCAAACUGCUGCUAAACCUGGUGACAGGGAAAGGUCCUCAGGCACAAAGGAAGAUGUGGGGAGCCUUUGUGAAAAUGCGUCAUGGAUUACCAAAGUUGGAUAAAAUACUCAAAGAAAUUGAGAAACGUGGUUCUGAUCCAGUUCGUGACAUGGAUGUCGCCAGAAGUUUAUCGGAAAUGCCCAGUCACCUGAAAGAUGUUCAGCAGAAACACAAGAAGAUGCUCCAGGUACAAACUGAAACACUAAGAUUGAACACAGUCGUAAUAAAAGAGAAGGUGAAGAUUUUCCGGCUGAUUGAUCAAUAUACUGAGCUAACAGUCAUUUCUACUGUUCGUGAUCGGACACUUGUAGAACAUGAACUGCUGGCAAGAGGCCGAGACCUUGACGAGUGGAGAGAGAAACAUCUCCGGAGAGAACUGGAAAAAAUCCGAGCUGAUCAAUUAUUCUAUAGCGGCUUUUCUCACAGAAAAUCUAACUCUGGGAAUUCAGUGGCAGUGAGCGGGGUCCCAGGCAUUGGAAAAACAACAAUGGUACAAAAGAUUGUUAAUGACUGGGCCACUGGGAAAAUAUACCCACAGUUUCAGUUUGUUUUCAGUUUUAAAUUUCGGGAUUUGAACGCUAUUAAAGGCAGAAUAAACCUGAGGAACCUGAUAAUGGAUCACUAUCCUGACUUUGAGAAUGUUCUGGAAGAGGUCUGGAAGAACCCAGAGGGAUUGCUGUUUAUAUUCGAUGGUUUGGAUGAAUUCAAGGACAGUAUUGAUUUUUCUGACAGUCGGAGAGAUAGAGAACCUCAGUUCAUGUGCACCGAUCCCGAAUGUUGGUGUGAAGUGUCUGACAUUGUGUAUAGUUUAAUCCAGCACAAGCUGCUCCCAGAAUGUUCAGUGCUAGUGACCAGCCGGCCCACUGCAUUGCAUUUACUGGAAAAGGCUGAGAUCAGUGUCUGGGCUGAAAUCCUGGGAUUUGUUGGCGCUGAGCGGAAGGAAUAUUUCAAUAGGUUUUUUGAGGAUCAGAUGGUGGCAGCAGCUGUUUUCAGACACGUGGAGGAGAACGAGAUCCUGUACACCAUGUGCUACAACCCCUCGUACUGCUGGAUUCUCGCUCUCUCACUGGGUCCCUUUUUCACGGAAAAAGACAGGACGCAGCAGCUAGUUCCCAGGACCAUCACCCAGCUCUACUCCUACUAUAUUUAUAACAUUCUGCAAAACCAUGGCCGAGAGAUUGGAGAUCCCCGUGAUGUGUUACUGAAGCUUGGUGAGAUGGCCUUCACAGGAGUCUCUCAGAAGAAGAUUGUGUUUGGGGAAGGAGAUUUGAUCCAGCACAAUCUGCAACCCUCCCAGUUCCUGUCUGGAUUCCUGAUGGAACUUUUGGAGAGAGAUGAUUCUAUCUGCAGUCUGGUUUACACAUUCCCCCAUCUCACCAUCCAAGAGUUUGUAGCUGCACUCGCACAGUUCUUGGUUGCACAUCCUAACAACAUCCCAAAGCUUUUCAGUGAAGAUCGCAGCGUGAAUGAUGGGAGAUUUGAAAUAUUUCUUCGUUUUGUUGCUGGUCUCUGCUCUCCACAGGCAGAGAGUCCCCUGAAGAAGUUUCUGGGUCCAUUUCCACAUCAAACAACCUGUGGAGUGAUUGAGUGGGUGAAGGAAACACUUGCCACAUUCACUGGGAGAAGAAACCUCCUGAUGUUGCACUGUCUAUUUGAAUCUCAGAAUAAAGCACUGGCUCAGGCCACUGUGGGAUAUGUGGAAAUACUUGCCUUUGAUGGAUUGCAACUGACUCCUUUUGACUGUGUACUCCUCUCUCGUGUUAUUGGGUUCUGUGAUUCCGUGAAGGAGCUGGCAUUACGGAACUGUAGUAUUCAGCGUGAAGGACUCCAGCAGCUGGCAUCUGUUCUAUACAAAUGCCGUGUCUUGAGCCUGUGUGGUAAUAAUCUGGGAGAUUCUGGAGUGAAAUUACUGUGUGCGGCUCUGAAGAAUCCAGACUGUAAAAUAGAGAGGCUGGGGCUGGACCAUAACGGUCUCAAAGAUUCCUGUGCCAAGGAUCUUGCCUCUGCUCUCAGUACAAACCAGUCGUUGGUGUAUUUUAAUCUGUCAGAAAACUCCUUCACAAACGAAUCUGUCCCCUCUCUCCGCCGCCUAAUACAGACCUGCAAGACUCUACAGUGGAUUGAAUUACGGUACAAUCUGUUCAGAGGAGAUGGGGUAAGACAGCUGGAGUCGCUGAAGUCACUGAGACCCAAGCUGACUGUGGACAUAAGCUGUUUACCGUCUGAGGGUGGAAGUGGCCCACAGGAUUUUCAAAGGCAUCGCAAUGAAGAACUCAAUCAAAACUUGCAAACGAAAUUCAUUCAAGAUAGAUACUCCCCAGAACAUCUUGGAAUGUUAGGUUAUGUGUGAUUUAUGGCCAACAUAAAUAUAGAGGAAACACACUGAAUGUCCUCAUUGAAACUGAGGGAUGGACAUGUAUUCAGCACUACUUUUAUAUCUUAAGGGUAUCCCAAAAUAUUUUACAGUUAGCAGGGAUGUUUUGAAGUUUAUUCAGCAUUUCUAGAGAGAAUUGGAGGUAAUUUCAAAGACAGAGUUACCGAUACAGAGCCACAGACACAGGAAGAGACUAUCCUGGAAAUGGUUCAGUACUCACUCUGGAACACACAUGAGGCAGGACAGCAGCAUUAUUCUCUGGUCAUAUGGAGGAAGCUUUGUUUUGUAUCUGACGCCAUAUUCUCCCUGUCCUGGAAAUGUUUGAUGGGGACAGUGUAAAGGGAGCUUUACUCAGUAUCUAACCCCAUGCUGUCUCUUUCUAACGAGUGUUUGAUGGGGUCAGUGUCAGGGGUGAUUUAAUUAAUAUCUAACCCUGUGCUGAACAUAGCCUAACUGUAUCAAAAGGGUUCCAGGUUAUUGUUAGAUUUUUAGACAAUGAACCUAAUUCCAGACUCUGGAAGCAACAAGAAUAUUUUCUCUCUAUCUAACCCAGCACGUUCUGUUAUUGACUCUCAAAGCUUCACCUCAGAGCUUUCCAAAUUCCAGGGACACAAUCAUGUGUUUGUGUCAUUUCGUUCCCUCGCCAUUAAACCCUUGCUGCCCUAUGCUGCACUCAAAUGGACGUGGACCCUCAAGUCCCCACUCUUCCUUGCCUUUCCCUAUUUAUAAAGUUAAUGUCAGUGCUGUGUGCUAACAUGAAAUGGCUGCUGUGAACAAACCUAAAAUGGCUGACUGACUGACCUCUUCAGAAUCAUUCAGCCUGGCUUUGCAGAUUAAAACACACCCCACACUUUGUACAUUAUCAUCCCCCAGCCUCUUGCAGAUGUGAGAUGUGAACCAUUGCAUUUUGGAUGUUAGACUGACGAGGGACAAUAUAAACGAAAUGGUACAAGGUUAAACUGGGUGCAGGAACAGAGGAGGCUUCAGGUUUGGUCCGGAAUUCUGUCAGCACAGGAGAGGGGCCAAUGUGUUAAAAGCUUUGCCCUUUCACACAUGCCUGCAUUGUAGAAAUGUUAGUUUGCAGGCAAAAGCAGGAUUUGGAGAACUCGGUUCCAAAGAAUAUGCAAGUUCGAUCGAUUAAACUGCAAAUUCCAGAAUCUGUUUAAAGUCAAUGCCCUGAGAUUAUCAAAAGUGUCAGCACAAUCUAACUUUCUAAAUUUCAAACAGGAGACUACAAUAAAAAAAGUACAAAAGUAACAUGACAGGCCUGCUACUGGAUAAAAAGUGUAAAGCCUUGUUCAGAAUCUGCCAGAGUUUUAAUUUGGAGUCCGGCAAGUUUUAUCCAGAAAACAGGAAUUUAUGAAAUGCCACAUUAAUGUACUUUGGCUUCAAAAUAAAAAUGAUAAAAGUAGAUUUGCAAUUAAGCAAAUGUCCUGGA